AUUUCACCGUUCCUGUGAUUUAGCCAUUUUCCUCGGCACAGUGUUGUAACAUUGGCAAUACCGGCUUAUUGACAGCAAGCUGUUUGUAAAAGUGACCCAUCUUCUGCUCCCUUAGACUCAAAAAAAUAUGUCUAAAAAUGGCUAUAGGUAUUAUAGACCUAUCUGCCAACUGCCAACAUUGGAGCACUGAUAAUACUCAAAUGUGGCACACAUCACAUUAAACCCAACAACAUGGUAAUGUCAACACGAUGGUUCAUGAUUUGUAUCAAGCGCUACUUUUCAGUUUCCAUCAUCCUGAUCAUCUGUUUCACAUCAGCUUUGAGCAUCAUACUAUAUAAAUGGGCAGAAAUGGAUACCAAACCAGACUGCUUGAAGCAGAACAUGGAAUCAGUGACUACAACCCAUGGCAAUGUUGCCUUGUCCAAAACAUUGGACAUUAAAAUGCAACUGUACACAGACAGGGGGAUCCUAUCACAGAAAUCUGCAAACAAAUCUGAGCUCAGACUAAAAUGGUUACAUCAGAAAGUUGAGAAAAUUUCACAGAAAGUAAGACGAUCUCAAACUGUGAAGCAGAUAGAGCAGGAGGAAGUUUCCACUACACAUCCCAAUUACAAUGUCCACAUCUUUUAUUAUGCCUGGUAUGGGAAUGUUGCUGUGGAUGGACACUGGCGACACUGGAAUCACAAAUAUCUUCCUAACUGGAAGAAAGAAGAUAAGAUCUAUCCCACAGGAACUCAUGAACCUCCUGGAGAUGUCAGCUCAAAUUUCUACCCUAUGCUAGGUUGCUACAGUUCCAAAGAUCCUGUUGUUAUUGAUACUCACAUGAAACAACUGAGUGAUGCUAAAGUAGGAGUUGUGGUAGUGUCCUGGUACCCACCGGGUACAUCUGAUCCUCAAGGUGACUCUCCUGACUUGAUCUUGCCAUUGCUGCUGGAUUCUGCACAACGCCAUGACAUCCGAGUGGCACUACAUAUUGAACCUUACAGGGACCGCAAUCCCAUUAACCUCUCCCAAUAUAUCCGCUACAUUAUCGGUCAUUAUGGAGGACACCCAGCAUUCUAUCGGAUGCAGCGCAGGGGUCGGAGUCUCCCUGUGUUUUAUGUGUAUGACUCAUACCUAACUCCUGCAGGGGCUUGGAAAGAACUUUUGAGUGCCAAAGGGAAUCUAAGUGUGAGAGGAACUCAGCUGGAUGGAAUUUUUCUGGGACUUCUUGUAGACAUGCAACAUAGAUAUGAUAUAAAGAAGUCACACUUUGAUGGGUUCUACACAUAUUUUGCAACUAAUGGUUUCACAUAUGGAUCAUCAUGGAAGAACUGGCGAAGUCUCAGUAAGUUUGCAAGACAAAAUUAUCUCCUUUUUGUACCGUCCGUGGGUCCUGGAUACAUUGACACGCAGAUCCGUCCCUGGAACAUGGUCAACACUCGACACCGACGCCAUGGCAAGUAUUAUGAGGUUGGGUGGCGCAGUGCUCUGUCAGCACAGGCUAAACUCAUCUCCAUCACUUCAUUUAAUGAAUGGCAUGAAGGAACACAGAUUGAGCCAGCUGUCCAAAAAGCUACUGCAUCAUUUACAUAUUUUGACUAUGAACCUGAAGGCCCUAAUUUUUAUCUUAACCUCACCAAGUGGUGGGUCAAGGAGUUCAGCAAGAAACAGGAGGGAGAAUAGACUUAUGUUGUAAAACAGUAAUUAAUGCCACUUUCUUAUGAUCCUAAUUUCAUUCCGUAAAACAAUAAAAAUAUUUAUUAUACAUUUUUAAAUAUCAGCCUGUUGGUUUACUAUGUAAACAAAGCUUAGCAUUUAUAUAAAUGAUGGCAACCUAAUGAUAUAUGUUAAAAGAUUUAAAACAGUCUAAUUUUUGUGCUCUCGAGUACCAAGGCGUGGAAUGGCAAUUUGCAUAGAAUUUUCAAUAAAAUAGGCCAGGAGUGGUUAAAGGUUAAGUGUUUUCUUUCGCUAGCUGUUCCAAGAAUGGCUGUAAUAUUCAUUUAGAACUCUUGUUACUGUGAGAAACUUGUACAUGAUCGUAUGCACAUACAUUAUAAAGUUAACCAAGAUGUGUGAUUGAUGUUCAAGUCCAUUUCAUAUACAGACGCAUAUGAUCAUAUAUUUGAUCAUUGAUGAGUUUCACAUAUAUGUCAACACAUUUGCAUGGUUGUUUAAUGCUGAACUGAUGUACAUUUGUUGUUUACAAUUUUGUAAUACUCUUUUUUACAGUCAUUAUAUAAACAUAUUAUAUGUUGAUAUUUAUUAAUGUAAUUCCCUUGUUACAUGAAUUUACUAGAAGUUUAAUUUGAGCCUAUUGUCUUCUGCACCUGUUAUAUGAAUCUUGUGCAUUUUUGGGAAAAAUGAUCAUUAAAGAUUUCUGAAUGGACUUGUUUCUUUGGUCCAGACACUGAUCACUUUUGAUGCAAAAAGAAAUACAAAUUAUGAGCAAAUGUUGGUGAAAAUAUACCUGUCAUGCCUUUUUCUUGAGAAUUUAAAUUAUUCACUUAUGUUAUAUUAAUUCAUAUUUUCUAAGCUACUAUGGGUAUGGAUGAACUAAGGAAGGUAUUUUUUGAUAAAUAAAUUUUAACAUGCGAAGGGUAAGGAGAACGACAAUGUUAUUCCUUACGAGAUAUAUUUUCUGGCAUAUACAAAUACAUUAUGUCUGGGCAGUUUUUCCAAAAUGUAUGAAUAUGUUGUAUUAUCUUCAACACAAGUGUUUGGCAUAAUCUAUACUGGAUUGAAGACCGUCAUUUUUGACAAUAAACACUGGUUCCAAUUAAACGUGUGCUUCCAUUUUUUUUAUUUUUAAAGAUGCAUUUUUGAAAACUAUGGCAUUGUGCAUGUGCUGUGUGCAGCAGUAAUUUAGUAUUGCGUGUUUCAACUUUGGGUAACUGUUCUGAAGCGGUAAAUUUACAUUUUACCACACACAUCAAAUGUAGCGAAACUAGUCUGAGACAGCAUGCAUCAUUAUCCUAAUAUGAGUAAUAUUUUAAAAUGUAGCUUUUUGUUGUUGAUAGUUUGGAAUUAGUUGUCAUUGUAAUGCCCCAUUAGAUUUUCCAAUACUAAGACUUAAUUAUGGUUAUGUGACAUGAUGUGAAAUUUACGUUAAUAUUCCCACAUACAUGGCAGAGAAUCCUUUGUAGGAUUUGAGAGAAUUCUUUGAUAAUUUUCUAACAGUACCUUAAAAGAAAAUUGCAAAUGUUAGCUGUAAAACAGACCAUUUCAGUGUUUUGGAAAUUAAGGCAUAUAAUAGUUGUGUUUGUGUAUUUGCAAUUUCAUGUUUGAUGUGCUGAAUUUACUUUAUUGAUGUGUUUAAUUUAUAUGAAACUCAAGACAAAUGUGUGUACAGUCAUAAGACUUAUCAGUGUAUGAACAUGUUUCUUCAUUAAUAUAAAAUCUAGAAUCUCA